AAGCUAUGAAUCAACAAGUUAACUCAUGGACAACAAGCAAAAUAAAGUUUCCUCUGGAGGUAUUAUGACGAUAUUCCCUUGAGGUCAAACAUCUUUAUGUCCAAAAUUCUCACUCCUUGACUUUAGCAGACUUCUCAUUUGGGGGGAUUUAAGCACUUUCUUAUUUUCCUUUCCACACCCCCACGACAAUUUCUUUUUCCCCGACCAGCAUUAGAGGCUGUGACAUUUGAGCACAUCACACACAUGCAGCCCACCUCCAGCACAGCAUUACUCACAGCGAGUGUUUAAAAGCACCCGCUCAGACUCACAGAGGCUCAGUGUGGGCUUUCAGAUACAUGUGGGACAGUGGCGGAGUACCAGCACACAAAAACAACCCACAAGGCAUCUUAGUGGCUGUGGAGCAUCUGAUUUACUUCAAAAUAAUCUGAUUACAUGCAGAGAGAGACUAACGUACACAGAAUGUAUGCGCCCGGGGCCGUGCUGGCCCUCUGCCUGCCCUGCUUUUUAACUGGGAUCGUGUUCAGUUAUGAGUAUGGAGAGGAUUACUCUGAUUCCUACUAUAACGAGAUCUCCAAUGGUGACCGCGUGCAAUCAGAAGGCACUCAAAUCCCCUGUCCACCCCAGGACCUCUCCCGCUGGGACAAACUCUUCAUUAUGCUGGAAGACUCUCAGAUGAAGCAAAACAUGCUCCAUUGGCAGACUGAAGACAUGGUCAAGAAAGAGAUGGACUCUAUACGGAAGGAUCUCCAUAAGCUUAACAAUAACAAAGCAUGUGUCCAGGCUUCAGAAAACACUUGCAAGUGCAUAAGCGAACAGAUGAACCGCAAUAUAAAGCAAGUUAUGGAGCAGCUCAGAGAGGCUGCAGAUUCUCAUCAAGCCCAAAACAAUGAGACGCUGCAGCAGCUCAUUCAGCUGAGCCGACAUCAGGCUUCCCGUCUCGCCAAACUGGAGUUAGGAGCAGGACUAGGGCAGGUGGCCGUGAAGUCUUUUUCUGUUUAUCCAAAAGAACAAGAAGCAAGCAGUGCAGAUGGUGGGAAGUUGGAGAGAGCACUAAUGGCCGCCACUGCUGAUCUCCAAAGGGUGCAUGCCCAACUGGCCCUUUUCCAGAGAGCAACCGUAAACCGCUAUCUGCCCUCAGGGUGUGAGAUGGCUUUGUUAUUUCCAAUGCGCUCCAAGCACAUCUUCGCAGAAGUAACACCCUCCAUGUCCAUGUCUCUACAAACAUUCACUCUCUGUCUGUGGGCCAAAGUGACUCAGGCUCUUAAUAAAACAGUUCUUUUCUCAUACGGAAGCAAGAUAAACCCUCAAGAGCUCCAGCUUCUUCUGUCAGGUCGCUCACUACUCCUCAAGGUGGGCGGUGACACUGGUCUAGUGGAAGCUCUUGGUGUAGUAACAGAUGGGCAGUGGGGACACUUUUGCGCCACUUGGAGCUCAAAGCAGGGUUUGGCUGAUUUGUGGGUGAAUGGAGAAAGUGUUGCCAGAGUGUCUGGAGUAGCAGAAGGCCACGAACUGCCCAGUGAUGGGUUCAUUUUGCUUGGACAGGAGAUCAGCCGGUCGGGAAUUUACAGAGAUCUGGUCUCAACUGUAGUCUUCACCGGGAAGAUGACAGGGGUGAACAUGUGGGACCACGUGCUGGAGGCGGAGAGGAUUAAAGAGUACGCCAAUCAGGACGGGUCAUGUGAUAGCAGAGGGAAUGUGAUUGGAUGGGGCAUUUCAGAGAUCGUUCCAAAUGGUGGAGCUCAAUAUAUCAACUGAGACUGCACCAAUAUCUACUGGCUAAAGCUGUGUAUUAAGUGUCUUUUAUUAUAUAUAAUUAAUGCUUUUUUUGUGUUUACCUUCACUUUCAUUCCAAAUAUAAUAUAUGCUCUGCUUAAAGGGAUAUUUCACCUAAAAAAUUACAAUUCUGUCAUCGUU